CUCACAGCGUUGAAAACAUGGCGGAGAGAGACGAGGAAGUUGGAUUCAAAAAGGAAACAGUCAGCAAACUGUUGUCAGGUUUCUUCAAGGAGGACAGAACCAGACUAAGCAGUGAUGCUGUGCUCCUCGUGACAGAGUUGCUGAAAAUAUUUGUCCAAGAAGCCGCUGUGAGAUCACAGAAACAAGCCGAGUCGGAGGACUGCGACCAAGUGGACAUCGAGCACUUUGAAAAGAUUCUGCCUCAGCUGCUGCUGGACUUCUAGCUCAAGUGAUGCCACAAGAUGGAGCCAGAGUGUUGCCGGCGUGUCGCUGCUCAAAUCCCACAUUUUCAAUUCCAACAUGUUUAUUUUUCUCUGUUUCGUUGCAAUGUCACUGAAAUCUGCGAUAACAUUAAAAAGCUCAUCCCGUA